CCGAAUCUUCUCGUAAACACACACUGGAGUGUGUGUGUGUGUGUGUGAGAGAGAGAGAGAGAGAGAGAGAGAGAGAGAGAGAGAGAGAGAGAGAGAGUAUGGGAAGAGCUCCUUGUUGCUCAAAGGUGGGUUUACAUAGAGGAGCAUGGUCUGAUGAAGAAGAUAAACUUCUUACUCAAUACAUUCAAACACAUGGUGAAGGUCAAUGGAGAUCUAUGCCUUCCAAAGCUGGAUUACUCCGAUGUGGAAAGAGUUGUAGGCUGCGAUGGGUGAAUUAUCUACGGCCAGGUAUUAAGAGAGGAAGCUUCACGGCUGAUGAGGAUGAAACCAUCAUCCGCCUCCAUUCGGUCCAUGGCAGUCGUUGGUCAUUCAUAGCCACAGAACUUCCAGGCCGAACCGACAAUGAGAUUAAGAACCACUGGAACUCACAUCUUAAACGAAAGGCGAUGAUCCAGAACCAGUCAGAUGACUCAAUAAACAAUAAAAAGCCAAGGAAGAAGAGGAAACCCGAUAAGAAGUCAGCGAUUGUAGAGAAACAAGUUAAAAAUGUUCCUCAAUCUGCUUCAUCUUCUUCAUCCAUGUGCUCAUCACAAUCGGCACCAUCAUCGUGCAUGAUUGAUCAAGGAGAAGUUGAUAUACUGGCGACGAACUUCUCUUGGCCGAAUUGGUCACCAUUGUUUGAGAUUGAAGGUUUAGGAGACAUGAAUGAUCAUGAUUUACCAUUUGAGGGGUGUGAUUUACUCAUGUCCAAUGAUGAUGAAAGCCAAAUGCUAGAGAAGCUGUAUUAUGAGUAUCUUAACUUGCUAGGAGAUAGAGAAUGAGUGUAAUCAUGUAACAUGCUUUUGUUACCUAAUUAACUAUGAGUGAAAACUAAUAAAAUAGUUCGUCAUGUAUGAAAAUAAGAGAAAUAGGGUUGGUCAAUGUUCAUAUUACAUACACAUGCAUGUUACAUGUGGGAUAUUCAGCCUUUGCACGUGACAACUUGUAUAUGCAGCCUUUGGAUAAAUAAUAUAAGUGUGUAGAAAAUUAAAUUGCA